AUGGAUCUGGAUAAUAAUACUAGAUUUUUCCAUACUAUGGUCAAUAAAAGAAAGCAUUCUAAUACCAUUAAUGUGCUUAGUGAUUCUGAUGUCAUUUUUAGAAAAGUUGCUAGUACUUCCAAUCCUGUUUUUACUAAUAAUGUUUUUGAUGUGAUUCCCAAAAUUAUUACUGAGUCUGAUAAUGUUAUUCUGAAUAUUAUUCCUACUGAUUCUGAAAUUGAGAGUGUUGUUAAGAGCAUGCCUCCAUGGAGCUCCCCUGGACCAGAUGGGUUUCAAGCAGGCUUGUGCAAUGUUUCUUAUAAGAUCAUAUCUAAGAUUUUGGCUAAUAGAAUCAAGCCUUAUUUGAAAAAACUGAUUUCUCCUUACCAAGCUGCUUUUGUCCCAGGUAGAGAAAUUCAUGACAAUAUCAUUAUUUCUCAUGAAAUGAUCCAUUCUAUGAAACAUAAGGAAGGAUAUUCUGGUACUAUGGCUCUUAAACUUAAUCUGUCAAAAGCUUUUGACAGAUUUGAAUGGAAUUUUCUAAAUGAGAUUUUACUGAAAUUUGGUUUCAGAACUGAUUUUUGUAAUCUUAUCAUGCAAUGUGUUACUACUACAAAUAUUUGUGUUUUAUUGAAUGGUUCUACUUGCAAUCAAUUUGAGCCUACUAGGGGAAUAAGUCAAGGAGAUCCUUUAUCUCCUUAUAUUUUUAUCUUGGCCAUGGAAUAUCUUUCUAGGUCUCUAUUAAUUUCUGAGACUAAUAAAACUUUAACUGGUGUCAAAGUCUCUAGGAAAGCUCCAGCUAUCUCUCAUUUUCUUUUUGCAGAUGACAUUCUCAUAUUUGGUCAAGCUGAUAUGCAACAUGUUAAUGAAAUUUUGAAGCUUUUGCAGAAUUUUGGUACUUUAUCUGGUCAAAUGCUAAACUUUGAUAAGUCUUGUGUUUAUUUUAGCCAUAAUCUAAACCUUGAAUACUGUGAAUUUCUUGUUGGAUCUCUUCAAAUGUCUGUUGUUACUGAUUCUGAGAAAUAUUUAGGUGCACCUUUAUUACUAGGACACUCUAAGUUGAAAUCUUUUGAUCCUAUUGUGCAAUCUUUUGAGGCUAGACUUAAAAAAUUAUCUUAUCAAAUGGCUUGCUUUAAAAUUCCUACAACUUUGCUUAGUAAACUUGAUUCUCUUCAGCUUAAUUUUUGGUGGGGUCAUAAGACAGGUAAAGGCAUCAAAUUUGUAGCUUGGGAUAGUAUUAAUCAAGUAAAAGAGUUAGGAGGCUUAGAGAUCUUGAAACUCUUAAUAUUGCUCUCAUUUGCAAAAAAGCUCAAUGAAAACUGUUCCUGGAUUUGGAGGGGCAUUUAUAAAUGUAUUGAUAUUAUAAAAGAUAGCAGUUUUUGGGCUAUUGGGUGUGGUACUAGAACUAAAAUUUGGCUUGAUAGCUGGGUUAUUGGACUUCAUCAUCCACAUAUUCCUGCUGAUGGUCUAGUGAACACUGUUUCAUAUACUUUUGUUUCUGAUCUUUUUAUAGAGAAUACUAGAUUCUGGAAUGUUCACUUAAUCUAUUAUCUGUUUGACAAAGAUUGUGCUGAAAAAAUUAUUAAUAUGUUUGUGCCUGCUACUGGUAAGGAUAAUCUUAUUCGGUUGCCUGAUAGAAAGGGUCAAUUCAAUGUUAAAAGUAUCUACAAUGUAUUAUCUACAAUGAAUAUUAUUCCUACUAGAGACAAGCUUUCUAGCUAUAAGACUGGCAUUGAAACUCAUUGUAGCUUAUGUAACCAUGUAGUUGAAUCUUGUGAUCAUCUCUUUUUAGAUUUUCCUUAUGCAAGAUCUGUUUGGUUAGCAGUUAAUAUAAAUGUGAGCACAGUUUUAACACAACAUGGCUCCUUUAGGAACUGGGUUAUCUCUUGGUUCUCAGUAGGUGCUCAACUAGUUUUUGGCUCUGGUAUUACAAGGGAUGAGAUAAACAAAACUAUUAUGGUUCAAAGAUGGAGGCCCCCUGAUCCUGGAUUUUUAAAAAUCAAUUUAGAUGCUUCAUUUAUGCAUUUUAAUUCUCAAGGGGUCAUUGGACUAAUUUUUAGAGAUUUUGCAGGUACCUGCAUUGGAGUCCAAGGGAAGUACUUUGAUGGAGGAAUGAAGAAAGGAAUAGAAGCGGAGGAACUAGAGUGCAGAGCUAUGCUAGCAUCUGUUACUUUUGCAAGCAAUGGAAACUAUAAUAAAGAAGUUUUUGAGAGUGAUAGUGAGGUAGUAGUUAAGUCAAUCAAUGAGCAAACAUCUUAUGUUCAUUGGAUAAAUAAUCAUUUUAUCUUAGACAUUAAAUAUCUGUUAGAAAAAUUAGAUGAGUGGAAAUGUAUCUCUGUUAAAAGAGAUGCAAAUGGUGUUGCCGAUAAGCUAGCUAAGAAAGCUAGAACAUCUAAGUCAUCUUUUACAUAUCAAUCUGUUCUUCCUCGUGAUGUAAAAGAGUGGAUUGAUAUGGACUACAAUGUAAACUCUUAA